GUUAGUUUGUAGCUGGAGAGCUUUGGGUACGACGCUGUAGCGUUUUAAGCGGACCUGGUGAACGUUGCUUGUGUUUUCUUCGUUGUUGGUGUGUUUUGUGGAUGAAGUCAUGAGUGUUUACGGGUCCCAGAGGGGACUGCAGUCACUCGGUCGACGCGUCAGCAGCUCACGGAGCGACAUCGCAGUCACUAACUAUCAGUUCGGCGGUAAUGGAAUCGGGCAGGAACACACUGAGGACUACAACUACACCUUCUCUAGAGGAUCUAUGGGUGGAGGACAGGGCCCUCCCCGUCAUGUUAUCAUCUAUCAGAGAGCUUCUAUACUCCAGAGCCAAUGCCAAGAGCUCCUUCAAAAAGCAGAGUUUAUUUUACAAACGGACACAGAUAGAGUGCGGGCUGCAGCAGAAGUAGAUCACUGCAUGAUGUCUGCCAGAGACAUUAUUGAGCAGCUUAAAGGUCUUGCUCUGGAUCUUAUGAACAUGGGCCAGUCUAACGACAGUGUGCUAAUGAUUGUGGAGGAGUGCACAGAGCAGCUAAGAGCAGUCCACGCGGCUCUGGGCGGCUCUCUGCAGAGGAAGAGCCGAGGCAGCGCGGGCAGCAUGGGCUGGGAUGAGGCAGAUAGAAACUUCCAAGAUGCCAUUGCAUGGAUCACCCAACAGAAGCGUCUGAUAGAGACAUCACCUUGGGGAGACGAUCCUGUCAUCAUAGAGCAGCAGAUAACGAAUCACAACAGAUUUCACAGCUCUAUCCAGAGAAGUGCGGAAGUGGAAAGAGUUCAGGCUGAACUAAGAGACAGAAGAGACAAGGGAAGCCUGCACAUGCUGGAGCAGGAAUGGGACACCCUACAGAAAAUGUCGUUUGAACGCGGCGCUCAGUUGAACGAGCUUCAGAACAUCAUUGCUGAGAUCACUCGAGAGCUCAUGUGGGUAAACGAUAGAGAAGAGGAGGAACUGAUGUUCGACUGGGGCAACAAAAACAUUGAUGUCUACAUCCCCAAGAAGCAGGAGGGCUACUCAAGGUUAAUGAGUGAUUUGGAGGAGAAAGAGAAACAUUUGAAUAAACUGAAAGUGAAAGUGGACAACCUUCUCGCAAGCAACCACCCUGCAUCAGACAAAAUCGAGGCUUACAUGGAGACUCUCCAGACCCAGUGGAGCUGGCUUCUCCAAAUCACCAAAUGCAUUCAUGUGCAUCUUAAAGAGAACGCAACUUACAGUCAGUUCUUCACAGAAGCAAAUGAAAUAUAUACCAAACUACAGCAACAGCAUGAGGUCAUCCGCAAGAAUUUCACCUGUGACAAAAUAACGCCUCUGCCGAAAUUACAUGAACUGCUUAAAGGCCUAGAGAAAGAGCAGGAGUAUCUGACAGAGCACAAGCAACGGGUGCAGCAUCUGGUCAGUAAAUCUAAGAGUAUUGUGAGACUAAGACCAAGAAACCCAGAGGAGAGUAACAGCCCUGUCAACGUACAGGCAUUGUGUGACUUCAGACAAGAUCAGAAGGUCAUCUGUAAAGGUGAUGUUGGCAUUCUAAAGGAUAACUCCGAGCGCAGUAAAUGGCUUGUAACUGGACCCGGGGGCCUGGAUAUGGAGGUGCCUUCUGUCUGCCUGCUAGUUCCUCCACCCAACCCGCUGUCCAUCAGCCUCGCCAGCAAGAAUGAGCAGUAUUAUGAGGCCCUUCAGGCAGUGUGGAACCAGCUCUUCAUCAAUAUAAAGAGCCUCAUCUCCUGGCAGUACUGCCUGCACGACAUCAGCCGCAUCAACUCCCUUACAAUCUCCAUGCUGGCUCAAAUGCGUCCUGAGGAGUACCGCAGCAUGAUAAAGAGCUUGGACUCUCACUAUAAGGAGUACCAGAGAAACUGCUUGGGUUCUGAGAUGUUUGUAGACGAGGACAAGAGAGCCAUCGAGAACCAGUACAUCGGAGCCCAGAAACGCUACAAUCAGCUGAUCGUAGAGCUCCCAUCCUAUGCCGGCCAGCAGGAGGUGUGCGUGGAUGCUUCCGUGAAUGUGCAGUCCUCACCGGUUCUCCACGGUGCAAAGGUUUCAUCUGGUGUAAACGUGCUCAGCGAGUUGCAUGCCCUGCAACUGAAGCUGGAAGCCAUGGAGUCUGCGGUCAUUACACACCAGCACAUCCCAGUGGGACAGGAUGCACCAGCACAAUGCACCAGUCUUAUCACUGGCACACAGGCAGUGGUGAAGGACGUGGAGUCGCUCAGAGAAGAGUUUCAGAUGCUAAAAGAGCAAACGCUCACGGAACUAGUAGGAAUGAAAGACGCGGAUAAAGCUCAGUACCUCCAAAGCCAACUCGACCUGAUCAACCAGAGAUUGGACCGGCUGGGAUCUCACUCUCCCGCUUAUCUACUAAGGUUGAAGGCUCUGAAGUCUUUGCAUCAGACUUUACUGCAGGCAGAGGACGUGGUGAAGGUUUAUGAAGCUCGACUCACUGAGAGAGAGACGACAUCACUGGACCCGGCUGAAGUCCAAGAGUACCAGAGCACUCUUAGGCUUAUGAGGUCUGCUCUAGAUCAGAAAGAAGGUUUGUUGUGUUCACUGGAGGAAGAGUUAACUAAGGCUCGACAGUGCAACGAGCAAAUUGAUCAGAACUGUCACAGGUGUGAUGUGGACCUUUGCUUGUACAGUGAGCAUGUGAAGCAGCUGUCGGACCGCUGGAAGCGCAUUAAGACGCAGAUUAACAGCAGGUUUGGGGAUCUGGACACAUACUUACAGCAGCUAAAGCAUUAUCUGAACUCAAGCUCCGCUCUCAGUGCCUGGAUCAGUGACACUAAAAGCCGUAUAGAUGCUCAGCUGACCACUAGGACAGAUGACCUCUCAGUCCUCAACAAACUCCUUAAUGAACAGAAGGCACUGAAUUCUGAGAUAACAGGAAAGAGGGAGACUGUGGAAGCUGUACAGAGAGACGGUGACAUGUGUGUUAAUACAAUCAAGAACUACGAGCUUGGCUUGGCAUCUUACAGUGCUGGGCUAGAAACCCUACUCAACAUUCCCAUAAAGAGAACCAUGCUGCAGUCUCCAACUACAGUUGUGAUACAGGAGGUUUCUUCUUUGCAUAGUCGCUAUCUAGAGCUACUUACACGUUCAAGUGAUUAUUGCAAAUCUCUCGGAGACUCGUUGAAGAACUUGGAAGAGCUCAAGAUGCGGAACACCAAGAUAGAUUUGCUUGAAGAGGAACUAAGGCUCUUGAGAGCAGACAUAGAGGACCGUGAUGCUAAGAAUGCUUCAAUGCGAGAGGCACUCUCACAGUACCAGCUUAAGCUGGACGAAUCUCAGGAGCACCUUCUUGCAUUGGAGGAGGUGAAGAGAAACCAAGUUCUACAGUGCAACACAGCGCAGGCAAACCUAAGCUCCUCCCAGAACCACCUACAUGAGCUCAUGGAGCAGCUGAACCGUCUCAAAUUGCUUGUGGAGGAUGAGAAGAGAAACAGAAGGAUUGUGGAGGAUAGGUAUAACAGUCAACAGGAAGAACACGAGGAGGCCAUGCGGAAAAGACUAAAAGAGUUGGAGGGGGCCAACUGGGCCAAAAUCGAAUUGGAGAAGGCGGUGUCCGAUCGGACACGAGAGAUUGAGCGUCUGCGGAGGCAGUUGGAGGCGGAGACACAGAACCUGAAACAGACACAGAUGGAGAUGGCUAAGGUAAGGCAGCAGCAUAGCACUGAAAUAAGAGAGGUCAAACAGACCUAUGAGUCCCAGAUCCUGGUAACACAAACAAACAUACAGAAGCUCUCACAGCAGCGGAAGGAUGACUCCUUGGCGAUGCAAAUGGAACGUGACAGGGUAGAGGGGGAGCGGAAGAAAUUGCAGGAGGAAUUGAGGAGGUUGCAGCUUGCUCUUAGUGAGGAACAGGCUCAAAGAAGGCACACAGAGGCAAUGCUGCAGCAACAGAUCACUGCAGGCACAGAGGAAGAGAGAAAACGGACUGAACUGGAGACUCAGAUACAGCUCCUUCUUAGUCAGCAGCGUGCAGAAGAAAGUCGAUGGAAGGAAGUGCAAGCCAGCUCGACAAAGUCUCUGCAGGAGAAGAGCAGUCAGAUCUCCAGCCUCGAACAGUCACUUUAUGACGAGUUGCAGAAGAAGAGAGCACUGGAGGCAGAGAAUAGCCAUCUGCAGAAGGAGCUUGCAGACCUCCAUGCUAAACAUACAACUUGUAGUCAGGAACUAAUCAAACUUCGUUCUUCGCACCAAGAACUAAGCAUCCUCCGUAUAGAGGUGGAAACCCAAGGCAAUGAGCGAAACCGGGCCGAACAGAAUAUUGCACACCUUCAGACAAGGGUUCAAGAGCUCCAGGAAGAGCUGAAGCAAAUGGAUGGGCAGUUGAAUCAGCAAUUAAAAGUAGCCCAAGAGGAGGCUUCCAAGCGCAGGAAGACUGAAGCUCAGCUCGAGAAGACAAACCAAGCUAUGCGUGAGUACACCUCCACCAUCAACACUUUACGAAAGAGUCUGGAGGACGCUAACAUGGAGGCCACGAAAUCUGAAGAAGAGCGCAAAAAGCUACAGGACGCUCUUGACCAUAGAACAAAAGAGCAGGGUACAUCCGCUCAGCGUCUCGCUACACUGGAUGCUGAAAUGAAAGCUUUAAGGCUUCAGCUGGUUCAGGAGCAAGGUCGAGUUUCCGAGGCCAACCAGCGCUUUCAGGCUUUGCAAAGAAGCAUUGAAGAGAAAACCAAAGCGCUGAACGAGAGCAUUGCUGAUACAGAGCGUAUGAAGAAGCUCACAGAGACACUCACCAAAGAGCGUCUCAGAUUAGAGGAGGAGUUACGGGCUGUGCGGCUAGAGCAUGACAAGCUGCUUCAAGGCAGGCAAGAUGAAGAUGAUGAGAUGAGCACCCAGAUGACAGCACUUCAGCAGCAGCUCCAAAACAGCCAACAUGCCCGCAUAGAGCAUGAUAAACUUAUCCAACAGCUCUCACAGGAGAGAGAGAAGCUUCGAUUGGAGAUACAGAAUAUCCAAAAACAAGCCAGUGAGACUUCAAGCAUGAUCCGGUCUUCCCAGUCUCAGUGCACUGAAUUACAACAAGAACGAGAUGCUCACAUACGGAGGAUAAAAACCCUUGAAGAAAAUAUAAGCCGAACUCAGAAAACCGAGGAAGAACUCAAAAACACAAAACUGUCACUAGAGACCGAACUGCGCCUUAAAAAGCAGCUGCAGGAAGAGAACGAGAGGCUCAGGAACGAGUUUAGCACCUGGAAAAAACAACGUCACAGCCAAGAAGAACAUGUGCAGCAGCACAUCACAGUGCGCCUGGCACUAGAAGGAGAAUGUAACUCGUUGAAAACACGUAUGGAGCAGGUGCAGUCCCAGCUGAAAGAAGUUGAAGAGCGCUACAAGCUCCAAGUGCAGGGAUUGGAGCGGGAGCGCAGUAACCUAGUUUCUCUCAGAGAUUCCUUGCAAGAAGAGGUCCUGAGACUAAGACAGAAAGUAAAUGGUGUAAAUAGGUACACACAGACAGAUUCUCUUGGCAUGUCUGUUGAUCCCUCCACUUUGGUUUUUGAUGGGGUUCGCAAAAAAGUCACAGCCCAACAGCUACACGACUGUGGCGUUAUUGACAAAAAAACACUGGACCACUUGCUAAAGGGCCAUCAGACUGUCCAGGAUGUUGCUGUUAAUAUCAAGCUGAAUCUCAAAGGCACAGGAGCUAUUGCAGGAUUUGCUGGACCCACUGGAAAGUUGACAUUCACAGAGGCCAAGAAAGAUAAUCUUAUCUCAACAGACAGUGCAGUGAAACUGUUAGAGGCUCAAGCAGCAACGGGGCAUAUACUUGAUCCCAGAGCAAAUUUAAGGAUGACUGUGGAAGAGGCUUGUCUUAAUGGGCUUGUGGAUGAAGGGGAUAAAAAACAACUGCUGAUGGCAGAGGCUGCCUGCAUUGGGUAUAGAGAUUCAAACACAACCAAACUUCUGUCAGUCAGCCAAGCCAUGAGAAAAGGAAUGAUAGAUCAAGAUACAGCUCUGCGUCUGCUGCAGGCACAGGAGGCUGCCGGAGGGAUUCUUGACCCUGUCCUUAGUGUAUAUCUCCCCAAGGAUAUUGCCAGGGAUCGUAAUCUAAUUGAUGAGAAUCUUUAUCAAGCCCUGAAUGCGAAACCAAAUUGCUAUAUUGACCCUGUCACAAAUCUGAGUGCUAGCUAUAUCAGCCUGAAGAGGCAAUGCAAAGCUGACCCAAACACGAGCUUGCUCAUGCUACCAGCCCCCCUGGCACCAGUACAAGGUUUACGGGAGAAGGUCUCUCUGUCACAUCUGGUAGAGGCCAACCUGUUAGAGCCUUCAGACAUUGAUCAGCUAAAAGAAGGCAAACUGACUAGUCAAGACAUUGAGAACAGGCUUAGAGCCUAUCUGCAGGGAUCCACCUGCAUUGCUGGAGUCUAUGAUCAAGUGGAAGCACGCAUUCUGCCUAUCUACCAAGCCAUGAAAGAAGGUCUCCUAAGGCCUGGCACAACACUGGAGCUUCUGGAGGCUCAGGCAGCUUCAGGCUUCAUUAUUGACCCUAUCAACAACCAGUACUACACAGUGGAGGAGGCUUGUAAGAAAGGUCUCAUUGGUGUGGAGUUCAAAGAAAAGCUCCUUUCAGCUGAGAGAGCGGUCACUGGAUAUAAAGAUCCCGGUAGUGAAAAGAUCCUCUCCCUUUUUCAGGCAAUUGAGAGAGGUCUGAUUGAAAAAGGCCAUGGUAUUCGCCUACUGGAGGCUCAGAUAGCCAGUGGUGGCAUCAUUGAUCCCAAACAAAGUCACAGAAUUGAUGUGGAUGUUGCCUAUAAGAAAGGCUACUUUGGUGAAGAGAUGAAUCAGAUUCUAAAAGAUGAGGGAGAUGACACAAAGGGAUUUUUUGAUCCUAACACUCAGGACAAUCUCACCUAUCUGCAGUUAAAGAGUCGUUGCAUCACAGAUGAAAAAACUGGCCUUGUGCUUCUGCCACUUCAUGAUAAGAGCAAAAUAUCAACACAAAAGAACACAACAAGGAAGACAAGGGUUGUUAUUGUAGAUCCAGACACCAAUAAGGAAAUGACGGUACAUGAAGCCUAUCAGAAAGGGUUGAUUGACUACGAAACUUACACGGAGCUUUCCAAGCAGGAAAGUGAGUGGGAGGAAAUAACUGUCACUGAUUCAGAUGGUACCAGUAAACUGGUCAUCAGUGAUCGGAAGACAGGCCUACAGUAUGACUUGAAAGAUCUGCUUGAUAGGGGUGUAAUCAACGAUGACAACUUGAAUGAGUAUCGCUCGGGGAAUAUUACUCUUGUGCAGUUUGUUGACAUAAUCACCACUAAAACCAUGGCCUUGAACAUGCCCCUUAGCCCUUCGUCAUCCUCAGUGUCAUCCAAGACGGUCAAAAGAGAAAGUAUAACCUCUGUUGAAACUCCCACCUCACCAAACCCCAUGAAACGUAUUGCCAGCAUGUCAAUUAGUCUGACAUCAUCUGGAGAGCUGAUAGAUGAGCAGAGUCCAGUGGGAGCCAUUUUUGACACAGAGAAGUCAGAGAAGAUCAGUAUAUUUAAAGCAAUGAAGCGUGGCCUUGUAGACUCUAUUACAGCACAACGGCUGCUAGAGGCACAAGCCUGCACUGGUGGAAUUGUAAACCCGGAAAAUGGCCGUCGCAUCUCCAUUCAAGAAGCUACUCGCAAUGGCAUAAUUGACGAUGACAUGGUUAAUCGGCUGAAGCCUGCACAGAAGGCCUACAUUGGCUUUGAGGAUGUAAAAACCAAGAAGAAGUUGUCAGCAGCUGAGGCAGUAAAAGAAAAAUGGUUACCGUUUGAGGCUGGACAGCGUUUCCUUGAGUUCCAGUUUUUAACAGGAGGCCUCUUUGAUCCAGAGCACGGCCAUAGACGGACGCUUAACGAAGCUGUACGCAUGGGUUGGUUGGAUGGAAGAGCAUCCACGAAGCUCAUGGACACUCGCCACCACCCCAAGAUGCUGACCUGCCCUAAGACAAAGUUGAGGAUAACAUACAAGGAGGCUAUGGAUGCCUGUAUGUUGGAAGAUAAAACAGGAGUACGCAUGCUUCCUGCAGCCUCUUCAUCAUCACAUGGAAUCAGCAGCCCUUACAAUUCAAACCCAGGCUCUCGGACUGGAUCCCGCAGAAGCAGCGUGGAUCAAACUUAUUCCAACUCAUCCAGCAACAGAUACAGCAGUUUCAGCUACAGUAGCACCUCAUUCAGCAGCAGGUCUCUAUCGUAGAUGCUGUUUAUUUUAUUCUAUAUUAAAAAUAUAGCUGAAUGGGUAUUAAUUUAGAAAAGUAGAUGACCUAUGACCUGAUAGCUAAAUGCUAAAUUUAAAAAGCAAAGUACUUUAAAAACACUAAGUUCUUGUUUUUGAUUAAUAUUCACAAAAGUAUUUUAAAAUGUUGACGUUUUUAUACCGAGCCCCUUGUCUGAAUUAAAAAUAUCAGUAUCAUAAGUUCUGAUAAACAAAAUCUGAUUUUGUUUAAAAGCAUAUCAGUUAGUGUAGUUGCUAUGUAGGAUUAUAUGAAUAUAGAGGGGUGAAAGUGUAGGUUUGGGGAUGAUUUGAAAAGUACAAGAUGCAGAGUGUUAAGGUUGCUGUAAUGUCAGACAAGGAAUUCAGAACAUUUUUAAUAAUGCUGUUAAUUAGUUCCAUUUUGCCUAUUACUUUUUAAUGCUUUUACUUUUCUCAUCACAUAAACCUAACAUUUGUUUAAGCAUUUGUCCAUUGUUCACUAUCUUCUUAACAAAGAUGUUAACUGAUCUGGUGCCUUAAAAUAAAGGUUCUUUACCACCUUUGAA